CUCUCCUCUCCCUUGCCAGAUGCCCUUUCCAGGGCUUGGCUGGGCCUCUGGAGGCGGCCGCCCAUUCCCCAAGGAGGGGGGCUCGCAGCUGUCGCCCCCUCCCUCGCUGGGGGGGGGGGGGGAGAAGCGAGCGCUAGAGACCUGAGAUGGUGGCGGCAGCGGCGGCGGCCGCAGCAGCAGCAGCAGCAGCUGCUCUUCCCUCCAGCCGCAUUGAGGCCCCUGCGCCAGGCGCUGCGUGCCAGCCCGCCCGCCCCGGAGGACGCCACCCAGCUUGGCAGCGCCCCGACGGAGCGAGCAGAGAGUCCCCAGGCCCCGGGACGGCGCCCCGCUUCCUCCUCCUCCUCCCGCGCCCCCGAUCCCUGGAAAUCUAGGUAAGGCGCAGGACGCCCCCCUCCCAACCUCCCCAAACGGCGUGCGCCCUUGGAGAGACCUGGGCGCAGGUGCGUAAAAUGGAGAGGGAAGGGGGGCCCUUUCUUUCCUACCGCCCCCCCCAAAAAACUGCAGGCUGCUCAGCAGACGGACCAUCCGUGCACACGGGAAAGAAGCUCUUCUUGCUUGCUCGCCCCCCCCUCCAGCCAGCCCCCCCCCAAUAUCCCCUCCCCCCUCCGCUCCAAACCCAGAGCCGCUGCAGAAGCCAGGCUAUAUUAGGAAAAUGACCUCUGGGGUUUGCCUUGCAGAGCGCCUCGCCUUCUAUAGCCGCCGCAGCGCCGGGGAGGAGUUCCGGCUUCGACCCUUUUUGCCGCCUUCUCCGAGGGCCCAUUGAAAAAAAAACAAAACCCCGGUGGCUUCCCUGGAAAGGAACGCUUCCUCUUCGCCCCCACCCUCCCGGAGCCCCGGAGCGGGUUUCGUCUUCGCUCAAAGAGGUCCUUGGGGGGCUUUCUUCUUCCACCUUUCUGCCUGCACCUCCUGCGCGUUCACACGAUCAGGUGAAUGCGUGUACGCGUUUCCCGUGCAUGAUGCCAGGACUGUCGAGUUCGAUACCCGUGCCUGUGCUUUGCAUGACCCACCGCGUUUGUGUGAGUUAAUAACUACUUAGGCCUGUACCCAACUAAGUGAACCCACUGAAAUUGGUGGGUUUGUCUCUGUGUGUAUUCCACCCCCAUUCGCCCCAUUGAUUUUAUUCACUGUCUGUCUCUCCGCCUGCCUUGUAAUCUUUUUCUAUGCCACGUUUAAACUUUAGAGAUUUCGUGGUAUGUAAAUAGCCAUAGGAAACAAAAUAAAUUAAGUUAGGUACUCAUGUUUGCUUUUUGUGGGUCUUAGUGUGGCUUAACGUGCCCUAAUUUAGGGCUGGAGAUCAUCUGCAGAUGUUGCUGGGCUCCUAAACCCCCAGCAGCCAGCAUUUUCGGUGUUAAGAAUCGAUAGCGAGAUGGGCGCUUGCCACAACGGGGGAUACAGGCAUUCCCCAGCCCUGCCCCAUUGAGACUUACAACCUUUUAACACACCCCACUGCUCUCCUGUUCUCUCCCUUCUUGCAAUGUUCAGUUUGCGAUUGUAACACCCAUCAGGGACAGGACCCCUGUCCUCUUGUAGCCUUUAAGUUAAGCAUCAUGCAUGCUGAUGGUGCUGCCUAAGAAAUUGUGUGUGUGUGUGUGUGUGUGUGUGUGUGUGUGUAAACAUAGGAACAGCAAGUGGAUAUCUAGGAACUGACAUAGAAUCAUAGAAUUGUAGAGUCAGAAGGGGUCCUGGGAGUCAUCUAGUCCACCCCCUGCAAUGCAGGAAUCUCUGCUAAAGCAUCCAUGGUACAGAGCCAUCCAACUUCUGCUUAAAUAAGUCUUUAAUAUGGUUUUAUAUACACAGGAAGCCACCCAGAGUGCCUGGGGAAAGCCAGCCAGAUGGGCAGGGCAUUAAUAAUAACAACAACAGUAACAAUAACCUCAAUAAUAAUCAUAAUAAUAACCUCCAAGAAAGGAGAGUCCACCACCUUCCAAGGGAGCCCGUUCCACAGUCAAACAGCUCUUACCCCCAGAAAUGUCUUCCUAAUGUUUAGUUGGAAUCUCCUUCCUUGCAACUUGAAUCCACUGGCUCGUCUCUGUGCAAGAUUGGUGUCUGUCUUUGCAACCAGGACUUUGGGUUGUGUGUACGCCUGAUUGUGCACGCUUCAGGGAGCUGACUUUAGGGGGGCUCAUUCAGGGGGGGCUUUUUGAGUCAGCAAAAAUGACCUCAAGACCCAUUAGAGUGAGAUCUUUCUCCCUCUUUCCCCCAUGCUGGUGGAACGUGGGGGUCGUGCAGUGAAACCUGCCAGAGACUCAGAACAGAGGGAAGAAAGCCCCUUUGCACAAUCAACAAAUGAGAGAGACAGUGUGGUGUAGUGGUUGGGACCUGAGAGACCAGGGUUCAAUCCUCACUCAGCUGUGAAAGCUCGUGGGAUGUAACCUUAAGCCAGUCACUGUUUCUCUCAGCCUAGCCUACCUCACAGGGUUGUUGCAAGGAUAUGAUGGGGAGGACAGGACCAUGUGCUCCCCCCUCGUGAGCUCCUUGAAGGAAAGGUGGGAUAUGACUAUAACAAUAAUAAUUCCAUUGAUAAAAAUUCAUUACUAUUAACUACGAGUUACAGCUAGAAGGGGAUGCGGGUGGCGCUGUGGGUUAAACCACAGAGCCUAGGACUUGCCGAUCAGAAGGUCGGCAGUUCGAAUCCCCGCGACGGGGUGAGCUCCUGUUGCUCGGUCCCUGCUCCUGCCAACCUAGCAGUUCGAAAGCACGUCAAAGUGCAAGUAGAUAAAUAGGUACCGCUCCGGCGGGAAGGUAAAUGGCAUUUCCGUGCGCUGCUCUGGUUCGCCAGAAGCGGCUUAGUCCUGCUGGCCAGAUGACCCGGAAGCUGUACGCCGGCUCCCUCGGCCAGUAAAGCGAGAUGAGCGCCGCAACCCCAGAGUCGGUCACGAAUGGACCUAAUGGUCAGGGGUCCCUUUACCUUUACCUUUUUACAGCUAGAAGACGGUGUUGGCCCCUAGCACUAGAUGGCUUUUUUCAGAAGAGCUGCACAACGGAGGAGGAGGAGGAGGAGGGUUACUGUUAGCAAUGCCAGCUUCACAAAACCUCCAUGUGCAGGUGUGGCCUACCUGUGAAUACCAGGUGUUGAGGAUAUAAAGAGGGGCCAGCCAAUCCCCUCUGUGCCUUGCACAUCAGCUUCCAUGAUGCAUCUGACCAACUGCUGCAGACACACAGUGCUGACCUAGAUGGGGCUUGGCUCUGGCCCAGCAAAGCAACGUUCUUCUGGAAUCAGCGGAACUCCUGGCUGCAGGAUGAAAUGUGCGUGCCAGGGCACAGUUUUAGGCAUUGAAAGCUCAGAGUUCUGGGGUGAGAAGUCUCAACUAGCUGUAGGCUUUACUAGGUCGAUGCUAGAAAACCGCAUCAUUUCUCUUGCUCUCGGCCUCAUUUCUCCCAUCUGCAAUAUGGGUCUAAUAAGUCUGGUCUACCUUCUAGUGCUGUGGCAGAGAGGAGGUCCAUGAACUGCCUUGAAACACCCCAGAGGCACAUCUGUCCAUGCUGAGGACAGCUGGCUCCCUCCUGAAAUGAAAAUUUGAAAAGCUAGUUCCUUGCCCCAAGGCGCUUACAUAGUCUGAGGUUUGACAGUGGGCAAAUAAUGGAAUAACUUUACUACUUCUUUAUGUAUAACUGACAAAAACAAAAAUAUGCAGGUUGUAUUCAACCGAGUUCUACUCAGAGUAGGCCUGUUGAAAAGAACAUGCCUAAGUUAGCCAUGCCCAUUACUUUAAAUGGGUCUACUCUGAGCCAGACUAGCACUGGACGCAAACAAUAUUGAUAUCACUCUCUCUCUGUAUAUAUGUUGCGUGAUAUAGACAAACACACACAGACGCACACAUAUUUUCUUGAUUUGCAUAACUAGUUCAUGGCACCAGUUUUGAAUUUUAUCAAUGCUGUGAUUGAAUUAGCAGUGCAAGAGCAAUACAGGGUUGUUGCUGUUUUUUUAAAAAAGUACUAACUUCCUGAUGGGAUUGGAUUGAAAAUGGAAUUGCAGUGGGAGUGGGGGAAAGGUGUGAGAAGAUGCUGGAGUUUACAGAAGCAGAAAAAAUAUUGAGGGGAAAUACCUAAGCUUUCUCCCCCACCCUCUCUUUCCCACCCCCCCAAAAAAUAAAAAAUAGCCAAGGAGAGGAAAAGGAGAGGGAAUGAAAAAUGAAAAUGGGAUGUAUGGGAUAGAGUAUCCUGGAAAAAAUAAUGGGUGGCUGGAUCCCUGAACAGGGGCACUCUUGUAGGGAGAGGCGGAUGCGCUGCAACACUUUGUUGCAGCUCCCCCUUAUUUACAAAAAAAAAUUGAGGGGGUUUUAAUAUAAAAAAGUGGGGGUAUAUCAUGUGGGCUACAUUUUCAGGUCUUUUGGAAGGGUUUAUUGGUUUCCUAAAAUAUUUGUGUACUGCUUGAUUGUAAAAAAAAAAUGGAAACACAAAACAAACUCAGAGCAGUAUACAGAAAAGAUCAAACCAUAAAAAUAUCGCUGAGGAAAGCUGACGACAGUAAUAGAAGACUUUCAAAAAGUUAAAAUAACAGUAGGCUAAAAACAGGUGAAAACUCACACCGGCUUUCUAAACGUCUGGGGAGGCUUAUCUAAACAGGAAUGUUUACAGAGGAGCCGGAAAGAGUACAGGGAAGGCAGCUGCCUGCCGUCAAGAGGCAGGGAGUUCCAGAGGUGCAGGCGCAGCCACACUACAGAGCGGUUGUGGCAGGGCCAGUUCCUCAGAUCAGAGCACUCUAUGGGGCAAGGCGAUCUCGUCAGUCAACGAGCUUGGCCUGGGUUUGGGUCUGCGUCUUCUGUUUGUCCCCUUUUGACCCCCUCUUUCUCCUUCUGUGUCCACCCUUCCCUUCUGCCCCCCCAAAGAAGCAGGAUCCCUCCGCCAUGAGUCGCCGGGUGGUGCGCCAGAGCAAGUUCCGGCAUGUAUUUGGGCAGCCAGUCAAGGCCGACCAGAUGUAUGAGGACAUCCGGGUCUCCAAGGUGACGUGGGACAGCUCCUUCUGCGCCGUCAACCCCAAAUUCGUGGCCAUCAUUGUGGAGUCAGGCGGUGGGGGGGCCUUCAUGGUUUUGCCCCUGGCCAAGGUACGUUGCCCACUCACCGCUGGUGGGAGGGAGCAUGUUUGCAGGAGGGGGAGGCUGAUGAUUGCGAAUGGUUGUUCAGCUAGUAAUAAUGACUUGCAUAGCAUUCAAUAUCUAUAUAUUCGAUUACGAUUACGAUUACGAUAUCUUUAUUGUCAUUGUCCCUUGCGGAACAAUGAAAUUGAAAAACUACAUAAAACUACAUAAAAACUACAUAAAAUCUUCAAAACCCCCCAAAACUCUAAAACCCCAUUUUAAAACACACUAUACUACAGAAACCCCUUAUGCUGCGUUUAGAACCAGAAUUGCAUUAGCGUAGAAACUGUUUCUCAGGUGGCUAGUCCUGGCCUUUAUAACCCUAUACCUUCUUCCAGAAGGCAGAAGCUGAAAGAGAUCAUUUCCGGGGUGCGUACUAUCAUGUGCUAUCUCUGCCGCUUACUUAUGGCACCUGGCAGCAUAGAUUUGAUCUAAGGUGGGAAGAGUGCACCCAAUAAUUCUCUCUGCAGUCUUUAAAGCACUUUGCAUUCAUUAUCUCUUUGCAACGAUCCGGCAAGGUGUUGUUGUUGUUGUUUAGUCGUGUCCGCCUCUUCGUGACCCCCUGGACCAGAGCACGCCAGGCACUCCUGUCUUCCACUGACUCCUGCAGUUUGGUCAAACUCAUGCUGGUCUCUUCGAGAACACUAUCCAACCAUCUCGUCCUCCGUCGUCCCCUUCUCCUUGUGCCCUCCAUCUUUCCCAACAUCAGGGUCUUUUCCAGGGAGUCUUCUCUUCUCAUGAGGUGGCCAAAGUCUUGGAGCCUCAGCUUCAGGAUCUGUCCUUCCAGUGAGCACUCAGGGCUGAUUUCCUUCAGAAUGGAGAGGUCUGAUCUUCUUGCAGUCCAUGGGACUCUCAAGAGUCUCCUCCAGCACCAGAAUUCAAAAGCAUCAAUUCUUCUCCUUCAAGGUGGGAUCUAUAUAUUCAGAGCGCUUUGCAUUCAUUAUCUCUUUGCAACAGUCUGGCGAGGUGGGCCAGUUGUCUUCUGCCCUGGAGUGUGGAUGGAGUUUUGUGGCUUGUCUCAGCAGAAGGAGUGUACCUAGCAGACCCCUCUUCGUUGCUGGGCUCCAACUCCCAUCAUCCCCAGCCACGCUUGGGCUGCUGGGAGUUGUAGUCCCGAGGUGGCUGACUACAACUCCCAGCAGAACAUUAGACGAUUCGGGACAGGGAAAAGAAAAACCGUAUUCACUCAGGGUAUAGUUAAUCCAUGGAACUUGCUGCAGCAGGAGGUAGUGACAGCUGCCAACUUGGAUGGCUUUAGGAAAGGACAAAUUUCAGCAGCACCCUGUGUGGCAUUAAAAUUGCCCUGUGCCUCUUGCCUUCAGUUCUACGCCGCUGGUACCCAAUGCAGCCAAGCUGGUCAUGCUAUCCUAAAAUCGCUUCUGCUAGGUGGGCCACUGGCCUGAUUGACUAAGCUCUCUUUAUGUUCUUAUGGAGGGCAGCCCCCUCAUCCCUGCCGGACAAGGUAAUAUUUUUGCUGAGGAUUCAAGAGCUUCACGUUGGGAGCCACUUCAGCCAAGGUGGGAAGUCUGAUGCCCUCCAGACAGUUCACAGAGUCACAGAAUUGCAGAGUUGGCAGGGACUCCCGAAGGUCAUCCAUUCCAACCCCCUGCAAUGCAGGAAUCUCAGCUAUACCCUCCGUGACAGAUGGCCGUCCAACCUCUGCUUCUAAAACCUCCAUUGAAGGCUCUGUUGUCGAACAGCUCUUACCCUCAGAAAGUUCUUGCUGAUAUUUAGUUGGGUGCCCUUCCUUGUGACUUGAAGCCAUGGGUAGGCCAAACUAAGGCCCAAUCGCCUUCUCAAUCUGGCCCAUGGACGGUCUGGGAAUCAUCAUGUUUUUACAUGAGUACAAUGUACCCUUUUAUUUAAAAUGCAUCUCUGGGUUAUUUGUGGGGCAUAGGAAUUCGUUCAUAUAUUUUUUUCCAAAAUAUAGUCCGGCCCCCCACAAGGUCUGAGGGACAGUGGACCGGCCCCCUGCUGAAAAAGUUUGCUGACCCCUGCUUGAAGCCAUUGGUUCGGGUCCUCCCCUAGGAGAAAACAAGAUUGCUCCGUCUUCCAUGGGACAACCCUGGAAGGGUACAGCCCUGACUCACCUUUGCCACGUCUGUGUAUCACCUGUACUUUGGUCCAGCAUCACCUUGAAAUCUGGGCACCCUUGCUUCUCACCUCCCGGUGUUUGGGAGAAGCAGAAUUCAUCAAAAUUCUGCCUUUUGGUGUGACUACGAAAAACUGCCGGAGGUCUCUGUGCAUUAGCUCAAUCCUAGCCUUUUUUGUGGGGGGAGAAGUUGCCUGAACACUCCCCCCCUUCUGUUCCUGCAUCCAUUCUUGGGAAGAAUUAUUACCCCUUAUUGUUAUGCAACCUUGUAUUUGAAAUCUCAAGAGCUGUUUUUUUUAAUCUCUCCACCACACAGGCCCCAAUAUCCUGGAUAUGGCCUCAGGCACAGCAGGGUUUCGGGGGGGGGGGUCCCAGCUGCCUCAGCAGGGGGUGCAUGUGUGGUUGUAGGAGAAAGGAGACCACCUGCCGUUCCCCUUUCUGAGGGGGCCGUUUUUGUGUUACCAAAAGAAUGGAAAGGCCCCUUGCCCAGGCUGGGGCUGCUGCUUAGAAGGACGUCCAAGGAAGCAUUUUGCUUUGUGGGGAUUUGAAUAUAUCACCCCCUUUGCGUCCCCAUAAAGUUGCAGGAGUGGUGGGUGGGGAGAAAUGAGUUGGAAAAGGUCCCUUCCACAAUAAAUUAUGUUUCUGUAUUAAACCAGCAACAUAAUUUCCUGGCCUUCUAAAAUCUGGAGGCUGUCACCCAAUUUAAAUGGAUUUGCCAGCUGAUUAAUUGAUGUAACCGCAGCUUGAUUAAUCCAUUUACCAAUGAACUGAUUGAAGAUCCUUGAGUCCUCCCUUAACAGGGACUGCCUUCUUUUUUGGAGAUUUAUGUCUCUGCGAUAGGGUUUUGAUUUUUCAAUGAAUACUUACUGUUUAACCCCUCCCCCCACUAAUGUUAGCAUCUCCCUCUCGUACAUUUCCUAAUUACAGUAACACACCAGGAUGGAAGUAGGUUUAUAUUUUGUUUUAUAGAAGAUAGCAAACAUGGCCCUAGCUGUUACAAAUAGCUUGAUCCUUUUAAGUGAAUCAAAUGACGCUUCCAUUCAUAAACCUAUGGCUUAGACGUUUUGCAACCUCACAGAGUUCUUUUGCAUAACUCCAGCAGACCCAUUGACACAAAUGCAUAGAGGCAUCUAAGCAUAAUAAGCAUUUUCGACACACCGCCUUCCUGGUUACAACUUGAACUGCACAAUUGUGGGCCAGUGUGAUGUCGUGGUUGGACUAGGACUCUGGGCGCGAGACCAGAGUUCGAAUACCUGCUCUGCCACGGAGCUCAUUAGAUGACCUCAGGCCAGGCACUCACUCUCAGACUGACCUACCUGACAGGGUUGUUCUGAGGAUAUGGGGGGGGGGGAGAGCUAUGUACGUCACCCUGAAGUCCUUGGAGGUGGGGUAUACAUAAAGAAGCCGCUUGUGUUUCUCCAGUGAUGGUGCUAAUUAUUUCUAGGUUGUAUUCAACUUAUUUUUCACUCAGCAUAGACCUAUUGAAAUUAAUGGACCUAAUUUAGUUUGCAAUCCUGUACAGUUCUACUCAGAGGUCAGCCCCAUAGAUCCCAGUGGGUAAAUGAGUAUAGGAUUGCAGCUUGAGUCACGCUUUUUAAUUUCAGUAGGUCUAACUCUGAUUAAAACAACAACAAUAAUUAUUAUUUAUACCCUGCCCAUCUGGCUGGGUUUCCCCAGCCACUCUGGGCAGCUCCCAAUCGACUAUUAAAAACAAUACAGCAUUAAAUAUUAAAAGCUUGCCUAAACAGGGCUGCCUUCAGAUGUCUUCUAAAAGUCAGAUAGUUGUUUAUCUCCUUGACAUCUGAUGGGAGGACGUUCCACAGGGCAGGCGCCACCACCGAGAAGGCCCUCUGCCUGGUUCCCUGUAACCUCACUUCUCGCAGGGAGGGAACCACCAGAAGGCCCUUGGGGCUGGACCUCUUGGUUGAAUACCACUGAUCAUUAUUGAUUAAAUGUCUAUUCUGUCCUUAUGUCCAAAGGAGCCCAGGGUGGCAAACUCCCUGAGCGUGUUAAAACAGUGCAAUUAAAAAUAAAAUUUAAACUUCAUUUUAAAACCUUAAAAAUAUUGAAGAACUUUUUUAAAAAGUAAACAUUGUAAAACUUAAAGAAAAAAAGCGUCUCCCCAGUGGUUUAAUGGAAACAUUAGAAUAUGGAGAGGAGUAAGAUGGAAACCUGUGUUGAUGCCAUGUAAGUCAAUGGCCAAGAUGCGGAAGGGGCACCCCAGCUUCUCCUUCCCUGGUCUUUUGGGACUGGAGCCUUAAAUAAAAUGGUGGGGGCCCCCUGGUUUUUCAUUCUGGACAGGCUAUCUGGAAGGCUGGAACAGCUGAUGGUCUUGUGGUAGUUGUUAUAAGGAUUUACUUACAGAAUCAGCCUUGCUGGCAUUUUGCAACAGGACAGGUCUCUUUCCUUGAGGAGGCUAGUGAUGGUAUCUGUUAGGCCACUGAACAGGAGGCUGGACUAGAUGGGCCACUGGCCUGAUCCAGCAACCAGGCUCUUCCGAUAUUCUUACAUUAGCACAGGGGACUCUUGCACCUUUAAUUGUGCAGGAAAAUCCCUCUGCAUAUCUAUAUUAAAGAUGCAGUAGCCCCAAUCUGCUUUGCAUCAAGCCAUUCUACAUAACUGAGGGGAGGGAGAUUUGACACCCUGAUUCAGAAUCCUGUUUAAAAUAAUAAUAAUAAUAAUUCAAAUUUAUUCUCUAUGAACCAGAUUUCUUUUAUUGCCGCGGCUCUCUGGCUAAAGCAGAGCUCCUUUUCAGUUUUUUGACUUGGUCCUCUAAUGUGUUUGCAGUUCCUCCUGCUUUUGUGUCGCCCACAGGCAGGGCUCCUUUUGUACGUGAGGGUAACUUGCUGUUUUAUGUCUUACGCCGCUGUGUCCAAUUAAAAGGACGUCAUAAAACCCCCAAGGGGUUGUACAAAACGCUCGUUCUACCCGGAGCAGAUCCGUUGAAAACAAAGGGAGUGACUCAUCUUGGGUCCGUGAAUUUCGGCCGAUCAGCUCUGAGUAAGACAUGGUUGAAAUGUGGAUUGAAACCCCUCCGAUGUGUCCAUUUUCCAGCUUUUUCUUUGCAGGACCUCUGUCCUCUGUCCCUCGCUUUCCUUUCUCCCUGUCUUUUCCUUCCUGGUGCCCGCUGGUGCCCUCCCGGCCUCUGAAGGGCCUCGCCCAGGUCCAAAACUUUCCCUCCCCUCCCAGGCGGCGGUUGAGAGACGGACGAGAGCAGUUGGCCUUUCUGGGGACAGCGCUGUGCUCACAAUAAUGAAUGACUCACUUCAGGAACAAUUGAAAUGAUGGCAGGAAGUUGGGUGGGGGGGAUCACUUUUUCCACGGCUCAGGUUUCCAGCUGGGCUGUUUACUGCGUGACGCAGGGGGAUCGGCCCGCCUGACAAGGCCGGCUCUCUCAAGGUCGUGCGGCUAAGGCAGAGGGUGGGAUAUCUCGGCUGGUAGAGCAUGAGACUCAUCAUCUCAGAGUCGUGGGUUCGAGACUCCUGCACUGCAGAGGGUUGGAGUGGAUGACCCCCGUGGUCCCUUCCAACUUUACGAUUCUGUGGUAAGAACGGUUCAGUGAUGGAACCAUUUGCCUAGACCAGUGUUUCCCAAACUUGGGUCUCCAGCUGUUUUUGGACUACACUGCCCAUCAUCUCUGACCGCUGGUCCUGCCAGCUAUGGAUGAUGGGAGUUGUAGUCCAAAAACAGCUGGAGACCCAAGUUUGGGAAACCCUGGGCCCUGGAGCAUUCCCUCAAGCAGAGGUUGGACAGACAUCUCCUGGAGAUGCUCUAGCUCUAGAUUCUUCUAGCUCUGGGCUGGACUAGAUGACCCACGAGUCCCCCUGAUGACUCUUAGUAUUCUAUGAAUUGAGAAUACAGUGGUACCUCAGGUUAAGAACUUAAUUCGUUCUGGAGGACUGUUCUUAGCCUGAAACUGUUCUUAAUCUGAAGCACCACUUUAGCUAAUGGGGCCUCCUGCUGCUGCCGUGCCGCCGGAGCACAAUUUCUGUUCUCAUCCUGAAGCAAAAUUCUUAAUCCGAGGUACUAUUUCUGGGUUAGCGCAGUCUGUAACCUGAAGCGUAUGUAACCUGAGGUACCACUGUAUACUUCACUGUUGGCUUAAAAAAAGUUUUGCGACCUGUUGUUCUUUAGUUGUUCAGUCGUGUCCGACUCUUUGUGACCCCCUGGACCAGAGCACGCCAGGCACUCCUGUCUUCCACUGCCUCCCGCAGUUUGCUCAGACUCAUGCUGGUAGCUUUGAGAACACUGUCCAGCCAUCUUGUCUUCUGCCGCCCCCUUCUCCUUGUGCCCUCCAUCUUUCCCAACAUCAGGGUCUUUUCCAAGGAGUCUUCUCUUCUCAUGAGGUGGCCAAAGCCUUGGAGCCUCAGCUUCAGGAUUUGUCCUUCCAGUGAGCACUCAGGGCUGAUUUCCUUCAGAAUGGAGAGGUUUGAUCUUCUUGUAGUCCAUGGGACUCUCAAGAGUCUCCUCCAGCACCAGAAUUCAAAAAUGUGAAUUCUUCGGCGAUCAGCCUUCUUUAUAGUCCAGCUCUCACUUCCAUACAUCUCUACUGGGAAAGCCAUAGCUUUAACUAUACGGACCUUUGUUGGCAAGGUGAUGUCUCUGCUUUUUAAGAUGCUGUCUAGGUUUGUCAUCGCCUUUUUCCCAAGGAGCAGGUGUCAGUAAACCUUUAGUAGGUUGGCUGCCUUUUUGUGGGUCAAAUGUGUGGGGAGAGGAGGGCUGCCUUUCCCAGAAAUUCCCAAGAUCUCUGUGUGUUUACAGACCGGCCGUGUGGACAAGAACAUCCCCUUGGUGACGGGGCAUACGGCCCCCGUGCUGGACAUUGACUGGUGCCCCCACAAUGACAACGUCAUUGCCAGUGCCUCUGAGGACACAACAGUCAUGGUAAGCGAUGGCACCUUUGGAGCAAAGGUGUGGGGAGUCCAGGGAGACUAUUUUUAGAGGGAAGGAUGUUUCUAAUCGGCAAAGGGGGCAUAUACUGGACGUGGUUGGGUACCUGUAGACACCUUAUCAAUUUGGGUGCCCGGAUGUAGUACAACAGCAUUUUUCGGAGGUGGCACGGGGGGAGACGAUUCAAACGCAUGAGGUCGGGGUUUUUAGGGUCCCUCCACACGUGACUCGAAGUGCACAGAACCAGCCUCCUCUUCCAAGCCAGAGAGUAUGGCCAUUCGCCUUUAAAUCACUGGAAAAGGUGUCAGGGGCUGUUUAUAGCUGGCCGGCCGGUCCUCCGCCUGGCGUCUGACUUGCUAGGUAUGAUGCAGCAUUUUGGGCUAAGAAUAGCUCGGCGCACGACAACUCAGCAACUAAGAAUAGUUGGCUCUGUGGCCUUGCCUGGGGGGUGGGUGGGAGUGAAGAAGGUGGCAGCUUCCUCUGAUUCCCCCCUCCAAAAAAAAAUCCUCUUCCUCCCCUUUUUCUUCUCCUUUCACAAAGGACACCAAAGUGUCCUCCAUAGAAAACUUUUUUUUUUUUUUAAUGUAUGUGUUUAUCUUUAUUUAUGAGCUCAGGGACCAUAGGCAGCUACCUUAUCCAGAGUCAGGUCCAUUGAGUUCACUAUUGCCUACACUGACUGGCAGCUGCUCUCCAGGGUUUGAAUCGGGGGAUGACCCCGUCCCUACCUGAAGGUGCCAGGGAUUGACGCUGGGACCUUCUGCAUGCAAAGCAGGUGACCUGUCACAGAGCUGCAGUGCCCCCUCCCCUAAAAUUGGAACAAGUUCCUAGUCCUCAUGGUUCUUAAUGAAAGGGCUGGUUUAAAUAGGAGCAACCAUUGGCCCAUUUAGCUGAGUUUGGUCUGCACUGGCCGGCAGCAUUUCCAUGGGGUUUCAGGCAGUGAGAGCCUUAUCCUGAAGAUAAGGUGCCAUUGGGGCUAGAACCUGGGACCUUCUGCACGCAGAGCGGGUGCUGAACACCUCCAUCGCCGCCUCUUUGUCCCACCAGGUCUGGCAGAUCCCCGACUACAUCCCCAUGCGCAACCUGACGGAGCCAGUCGUCACCCUCGAAGGGCAUUCCAAGCGUGUGGGGAUCCUGACCUGGCACCCCACAGCACGCAAUAUCCUACUGAGCGCAGGUGAGACCCUCUCCCCAGAUUCAGGCCCCUCGCUGCACCAAGCCUGCAACUCCCAGCAUCCCAAGCCAUUGGCUGCACUGGCUAGGACUGAUGGGAAUUGUGGCCCGAAAUGUUUGGAGGACAGCAGGUUGGCAGAGGCUGCUGAUUUGAGCUCUCAGAAGAAAGGUAGGAUUCAAAUACAACCUCAAGUGCCUUCCUGGCCCAUCCUCUGCUAAAACAGCUCACCUGGCCCUCCUGCCACCCUUUUGUCCUGCUGGAGUAGGCAUGGCCACCUACUGGCAGCCACAAGAACUGCAGCGUGACGACAGCCUUACAUGUAUAUGUAUAUAGUAAGAUAUUUGUCUAGAUCAGCCUUCCCGCAAUGUGAUGCCCUCCAAAUGUUUCAGGAUUGCAGCUCUCACCGCAGCUGACUGUUCUGUCCUGCCAGGCUGACUGAUGCCUCAUUUUGGCCCUUUCCCAACUCCCCUUCCUUCCUGCAGGGGGCGACAACGUCAUCAUCCUCUGGAACGUGGGCACUGGGGAGGCGCUCCUGACCCUGGACGACCUGCACACCGACCUCAUCUACAAUGUCUGCUGGAACCACAACGGGAGCCUCUUUGUCACCACCUGCAAGGACAAGCACCUGCGGAUCAUUGACCCCCGGCAACACCUGGUUGUGGCAGUGAGUAGCCGCUGCUGGCCCCAGCCUGCCACUGAGCAUGUGUGGACAGCCUCUCCUGCUCCCUGGCUUGUCUCUGCUUCCCUCUCUCCCCUCCCUGCCCUGGGACAGGCAUCUAAGGGUAAGCGUCGUGGCUCAGAUUCCCUUGGACCUGGGACAGGGGACCUGUGGGCCUGAAGGUCUGUUGCUAGACUCCAGCUCCCAUCAGCCAGCAUGCUCAAUGGUUGGGGACAAUAGGAGCUGGAGCUCCUGAGAUGCUGGACCGCUUGUAGCGGAAGCGGUGGGCGGACUUUGCACAUGCUCAGAGACCCACUCUUCAGGCACACUCAGAGGUACUUUUCUCCCCACACUGUCCCCAAGCUUAGCAGUGGGGCAUUGCCUAGCCAAUUGGAGAUGCUUUUAAAUAUAUGUAUUCAUUUAUUUCAUAAAAGUUAUACACUGCUUGAUUGUAGAAAACCACAAAGCAGUUUACAAAAAGGGAGAGAACAAGAAAGUUAUCGCUCAGAAAAAAAUUGCAGCAAUCAUUUAAAGCUUUCAAAGUGUUAAAAUAACAUGGUUCCUCUGGUUUGGAGUGGAAGCUGCCUUAGGCUGAGUUAGACUCUUGGUCCAUCUGGCCCAGUAUUGUCUGCACUGACUGGCAGCAGCAAGGCAGGGUUCUAGGCAGGAGCAUUUCCCAGCCCUGCCUGGUGAUACCAUUAAGAUCCUGGGACAUUCUGCAUUCAAGGCAGAUGCUCUCCCAGUGAGCUCUCACUCUUUCCAUCUGGGAAGGGGCAAAACAGCACCGAUCUGUCUGUUUAUGGCAGUUAACUGGGCUUUUUUCGCGAUCUGUUAACUGGGACGCGGUUUGCAAAGCCAGAUCAGGUUCUGUCUCAGACCUAAAGCAUCCUCCUUUAGGAUUCGUCCCCCGUUUUGCACUCGCACAAACGUAAAAGCGAGCCUCUACAUUAAAGGAAUGCGAGUGCUCCGUGUCAGCCUCAGUGGCCAACCAGGUGCCUGGGCCAAGCCCUUGAGCAGGAUUCAAACGCAGGAGCAGCUCUCCCUUCCUGCGAUUGUCCCUGCAAAGAGCUGUGUUCCUUCUUCCUCCCCUCUCCGGAGUGUGCUCUUACUUGGACCUGUACUAACCUUGUGUGUGUGUGUCUAUCUCUCUGUUUGGUCCUAACCUGCUUAACCCUGCGGCCGCCAGGAGAAAUUCAAGCCCCACGAAGGCGCCCGUCCCGUCCGAGCCAUCUUCAUGGCCGAUGGCAAAGUCUUCACCACCGGGUUUAGCAAGAUGAGCGAGCGGCAGCUAGCGCUUUGGGAUUUGGUACGGCUUGGGGAGGGGGUUGCAUGACGGAUGGUGGGGAGGGGUGUGUGUGUGUGUGUUUCUCUUGGGGUGGGGGGCCUAUCCUGGCCUUUCUAUCAGCAGGAGGAGAGGAGAGGGAAGGAGAGCGUAUUGGAACCCAGAUCCCAGUACUGAAUGAAGUGUACCAACCAGGGAAUCACCGCUGGUAUUUUUGGAGGAAACAAUAUGAUACGAUACAAUAAUCUUUAUUGUCAUUGUUCCAUACAGAACAACGAAAUUGACACCAGACAUUCAAAACCCAACAAGCCCGCUAUCCCAACUAUCCCAGCCUGGUUACCCCUAAAAACUCUGAUACCCCAUAACUGAAUACAAUAUACUCCCAUAGAGACUAGCUUAAAAAUGUAAAGGGACCCCUGACCAUUAGGUCCAGUUGUGGCCAACUCUGGGGUUGCGGCGCUCAUAUCGCUUUACUGGCCAGCAUGACUAAGCCGCUUCUGGCGAACCAGAGCAGCACACGGAAACACCGUUUACCUUCCCGCCGAAGCGGUACCUAUUUAUCUACUUGCACUUUGACGUGCUUUUAAACUGCUAGGUUGGCAGGAGCAGGAACCGAACAACGGGCGCUCACCCCGUCGCGGGGAUUCGAACCGCCGACCUUCUGAUCGGCAAGUCCUAGGCUCUGUGGUUUAACCCACAGCGCCACCCGCGUCCCGAGAGAUUACCUUACACUGCAUUUAAAACCAAAAUCGCAUUUGGAUAGAAACUCUAAACCAAAACAAAGGCCUACCAGAAAUGUGUACUGACCACAGUUUCCCCUUUCCUUAUCAAUGGGGGGCAGGUGGGGGAACAAGGCAGCUCACUGUCUCCCUGCCCCCACCCCGGGUCAUUUAGAAAACUUUUUGAACUGGUUGCCUGGAGCCAGUUUCAACUCGCCCCAGGCGACCAGGCAAAUCUGGUAGGGCUACCCUUGCUCUCUGUUCCAUGAUCUGCAAGCUGCAAGAUGUGAACGGAGAUAAGAGGGAAAGGUUGAGACAGAUUUAUUUAAAUUUUUUAAAAUUCUGAUUUUGGUGGUGGUUCUAGGUUCUGGCCCUUAGCCUGAGUUCACAACAUGGCUUUGUUCAGAGAAGCAUAUUUCCUCUAUGACUUCUUGCUCCUGUUGGGAAACACUGACUCUGGACGCACCCUACAUUUUAAAGCCCAUCCACUUCCACCGAAGAACCUUGGGAAGUGUAGUUUGUUAAAGGCGCUGGGAAUUGUAGCACUUUGUGGGGGUUAAACUACAGUUCCCAGGAUUCUUGGGGGGGGGAAAUAAUGUGCUCUAAAUGUACGAUUAUUAUUAUUAUUAUUAUUAUUAUUAUAUCCCACCUUUCAUCUAAAGAGCACAAGGUGGUGUACAUAACGUAUUUUCCGCUCUAUAAGACGCACCAGACCACAAGACGCACCUAGUUUUUGGAGGAGGAAAACAAGAAAAAAAAUAUUCUGAAUCUCAGAAGCCAGAACAGCAAGAGGGAUUGCUGCGCAAUGAAAUCAGCAAUCCCUCUUGCUGUUCUGGCUUCUGUGAUAGCUGCGCAGCCUGCAUUCGCUCCAUAAGACGCACACACAUUUCCCCUUACUUUUUAGGAGGGAAAAAGUGAGUCUUAUAGAGCAAAAAAUCCCUCUCUAUUUUAUCCUCAAAACAACCCCAUGACAUAGGUUAAUCUGAUGCUGCCCUCUGUGGCUUUUUCUCAGUUUUGCCGCUUGGGGGCACACCUCUAGAGUAAAAGAACCACCUGAGAAUUAACAGGGAUCUCCCACCACACAGCGAGUUUUAUCAAAAAUUAAAAUUAAAAAUUUCCUUGAGAAAUCUCCAGGGGCAGCAGCAGCUCCCAGCCGGCAAUCCCUCUCUCUCUCCAUCCUUCUCACCUCCUCCGGCACCUCGCUUUUCCUUUCGACACACCCUUUUAACCCUUUCUCUCCCCUGCUCGCCCCAGGAAAGGUUUGCCCCUCACGAAGGGAUGCGGCCGAUGAGAGCCGUCUUCACCCGCGACGGACUCGUCUUCACCACAGGGUUCACUCGCAUGAGCCAGCGAGAGUUGGGACUCUGGGAUCCGGUAGCCGGGCCACGCAUGGUGUGGAGUGUUUUCCCACCCCCCGGGAACCUGGGCGCUUUCUGCGACAUUGCCACCUCUCCCGGCACGCGGAGUGUUUGGAGACAGGCCAGGGCAGCUGCAAAGUUCAGGCGAGGAGACAUGUGGUCAAAGGCAUUAAUGCGCAGAGGAACAUCAGAGGGACACCAUAAGUUCCAGCAGGGCAGCUUUAAAAAACCUCAGAUGCCCACUGGAUCCAAAGGUCCAGCAUCCUGUGUCCUCUAAUUCAAUGUUUCCCAAACUUGGGUCUCCAAAUGUCUUGGACUACAACUCCCAUUAUCUCUCAACAUCUACAUGCAGCCGCUGGGAGAGAUCAUCAGGGGGUUUGGGUUGGGUGUUCAUCAGUAUGCGGAUGAUGCUCAGCUCUACCUCUCUUUUAAAUCAGAACCAGUGAAGGCGGUGAAGGUCCUGUGUGAGUGUCUGGAGGCGGUUGAAGGAUGGAUGGCGGCUAACAGAUUGAGGUUGAAUCCUGACAAGACAGAAGUACUGUUUUGGGGGGACAGGAGGCGGGCAGGUGUGGAGGACUCCCUGGUCCUGAAUGGGGUCACUGUGCCCCUGAAGGACCAGGUGUGCAGCCUGGGAGUCAUUUUGGACUCACAGCUGUCCAUGGAGGUGCAGGUUAAUCCUGUGUCCAGGGCGGCUGUCUACCAGCUCCAUCUGGGACGCAGGCUGAGACCCUCGCUGCCCGCGGACUGUCUCGCCAGAGUGGUGCAUGCUCUAGUUAUCUCCCGCUUGGACUACUGCAACGCGCUCUACGUGGGGCUACCUUUGAAGGUGACCCGGAAACUGCAACUAAUCCAGAAUGCGGCAGCUAGACUGGUGACUGGGAGCAGCCACCGAGAUCAUAUAACACUGGUAUUGAAAGACUUACAUUGGCUCCCAGUACGUUUCCGAGCACAAUUCAAAGUGUUGGUGCUGACCUUUAAAGCCCUAAACGGCCUCGGUCCAGCUGCGAGAAGCCAAGUUACAGGGAACCAGGCAGAAGGCCUUCUCAGUAGUGGCACCCACCCUGUGGAACGCCCUCCCACCAGAUGUCAAAGAGAAAAAUAACUACCAAACUUUUAAAAGACAUCUGAAGGCAGCCCUGUUUAGGGAAGCUUUUAAUGUUUAAUAGGUCAUUGUAUUUUAUUGUUUUGUUGGAAGCCGCCCAGAGUGGCUGGGGGGAGCCAGCCAGAUGGGCGGGGUAUAAAUAUAUUAUUAUUAUUAUUAUUAUUAUUAUUAUUAUUAUUAUCCUUGGCUAGCAAGACCAGUAGCCAUGGAUGAUGGGAAUUGUAGUCUGAAAAAACAGCCAGAGACCCAACAUUGGGAAACGCGGCUCUAAUUCACACGCAUACAAAGAAAUCAGGUGUCGUAGCUGCUUCUUGCUCACUGACAAGGCAGGCGGGCAAUUGAACUAAUUUGCAUUGCUCAGUCGGUAGAGCACAUCUGGGUUGUGGGUUUGAGUCCCACGCUGGGCAAAAUAUUUCUGCAUUGCAGGGGUUUAGGUUAGAUGACCCUCGUGGUCCCUUCCAACUCUCCAGUUCUAAGAUUCUAAGACAGGUGUGGGCUAUAGCUAACAUUAGUCCUACUCAGAGUAGACCCACUGAAAUUAAUGGAGGUGACUAUCUGAGGUUCAUCCCGUUCACUUGUCGUCGUUUCCCUGUUUGGCCACUGGAGGGCGCAUCUCUAAGUUGCUUCCUGGGAGAUGUAGUCUUUCAGUGCCUUGUCAGUGUUGGAUCAGGUGGCAUUGAGGACUUCAUCCCCCAUCAUGCAUUGUGCAGGAGGCCAACUUUACCACAUUCCUUUGAGUAUAAGGAUAGUUGGAUUCUAAUUGAGCCACCAGUGGAGGCAAGUGCCAUGUUCCUGGAACCUUGCAGUGGUGUGGAUUUGCAGAGGCGUGUGUGCUUGUGGGGAGUGUGGGGGGGCAUGAAAAUCACAGUGCAUGCUGGGAAUGCUGUGCUCCUAAGUGUGCAAAGCAUAGGAACUGGGACUUCUGAAAGAAGAGAUGGGGUUUCUAGUUGGGGGGACCCACCCCUACCUGGAGGCAGGAGAAAGGCAAAUAGAAAUGUUAAUCCUAGAGCUGCGACAGGGUGGCCUUUAAAGGUAAAGGGACCCCUGACCAAUAGGUCCAGUCGUGGCCGACUCUGGGGUUGCGGCGCUCAUCUCGCUUUAUUGGCUGAGGGAGCCGGCGUACAGCUUCCGGGUCAUGUGGCCAGCAGGACUAAGCCGCUUCUGGUGAACCAGAGCAGCGCACGGAAACACCGUUUACCUUCCCACCGGAGCAGUACCUAUUUAUCUACUUGCACUUUGACGUGCUUUCGAACUGCUAGGUGGGCAGGAGCAGGGACCGAGCAACAGGAGCUCACCCCGUUGCGGGGAUUUGAACCGCCGACCUUCUGAUUGGCAAGUCCUAGGCUCUGUGGUUUAACCCACAGCGCCACCCUAUAGGGUGGCCUUUACACAGCUGGCAUUUGGCAUAGCCAGACUUCCUGCUCCAAGGCCAGCUCUGUGCUUGAAGAAUGACCUGGCCCUCAGCACAUGCUCAGAGGCACACGAUCUCCUUGUUUUGCUCCUCCUGGUUCUGAGCCUUGGGCUCCCUCCCAGCAUGGGAACCCAAAAGUCAAGACGGUGGAAGGAAGGUGAUUCAAAUGCCUGACAAAGGGAAGUAGAGUGUGUCCCUAGCUUAAUGGGCUUGGUUGGGGGGGCGGGUCAGACUAGAUGUCCUUUGAGAUGCUUUUCAAUGGAGCUCAGUGGCAGAGCCCAACAAAACAUUGCAUGCCACCUUUGUAUACCAUGCCAGGCUCUUUCUCCACAUUGCCCAGUGUUGCCUGCACUGACUGGCAGCGCCUUUGGCAGGCAAAGCUCUUUUCCCAUCACACGCUACCAGUUUCUGGAGAUGCCAGAUUUUGAACCUGGAACCACCUGCGUGCAAAGUGGGGCCUCUGCUACUGAGCUCCAGACUCCCUCUCCACUUGCGCCGUGGGGCUGAGGAGGGAGGUUGGGUAGUGCUGGGCUUUUGGCUGAGAGAAGCCACCCCCAUUUUGUGUGUGUGUGAUUGCUGUGCCCAGAUUGUGUCUGGUCUGGUUUUGUCCCCUGUGUCCUGACACCCCCUUCUUCCUACAGAAGAACUUUGAGGAGCCCAUAGCCCUCCAGGAGAUGGACACAAGCAAUGGGGUUCUCCUUCCCUUCUAUGACCCCGAUUCCAGCAUAGUCUACCUGUGUGGCAAGGUAAAAAGUGAGAAAAAUGCUCCCUUAUACCAAGAUGAGGGAUUCUUUGGAAUGCAGAUAGAGAGAAUUGAUAAGAAUAAUGAUCUGUUAUUACCUUGACAGAAGUGUACAAUAGAUGAGCCUUCUUGUGUUUUGGCUCAUCUUCCUCCUUUUUUUCUUCUUCUCCUUUUUUUUCUUUUUUUCUUUUCUUUUUCUUCUUCUCAUCCUUUUUUCUUUUUUCUUUCCCAUAAUGGCUUAUGUUUUAUACCAUGUACUUUGAUAUUUUUUGUAAAUUUUUAGCUUUUUUCAUUAUUAUUAUUAUUAUUAUUAUUAAGGAAUUUUCUUUUGUAAUUUUGGUUGUCUAUAUUUAUAUGUAUUAGUUUAAAGCAAAAUAAAAGUUUUGUUUUGUUUUUUAACGUGGGAGGCUGUAGCAUUCCUGUCUGGCCGCAGAAGAGAUGGGGGCACUAGCACCUCUGAGGCCAGCUGCCCCCAUUUCUCCCACUGUUUCCAUUUUGGGCAUUCUUAAAAUUGGUACCCGAGCUCGCUCGCUUUCCUCUCCCCUCCUCCUCCCUUUUCCUUUUGCAACAACACUUCUGCGGCAUAGUGGCCUGUAAGAGUGUCUUGGCUCCUGGGGUUCACACACUGGCCACACUCUCUCUUAGCCUGUCUACCUUGCAGGGCUGUGAGGAUAAAGCAAGGAAGUGGGGGAAGAGUGAGCUGAGCACAUUGAGGGAAGAUCUUCCAGGACUGAUAUCCAACGAAGCAGUUUGCCUUUCAGGAAAGAGGGAAGAUGCUCAAAGAUAGGGAUUUAGCUUUUUGGAUUUUGGAUUUAGAUUUUGAGGGUUUGGGGUUUUGUUUUUGUUUAGAUUUUAUUUUAUUUUAAGUUUUGAUUUGUAGAAAGAGAACUCUCCCAUAAGGAAUGCCCUACUCUGCUUUUCAAAUGUGUGCGCAUUUUCCUCCUAUUUAUAUUAAUUUAUCCACUCAGGCCAUCCCCCUAUCCCUGUUUAUCAGCAAACUUCCGUGCUGAUAAAAACGCAGUGAACUUUUCCUCGCACCCUGAAAUGUGUGAGAUUCAUGCUAACUCAUUAAAAAAGCGAAACAAAAAGCCAAGUUACUUCCCAACCUAAAUCUCCUGCUUCCGUGCAGGGGGACAGCAGCAUCCGGUACUUUGAGAUUACGGACGAAGCCCCCUACGUCCAUUACCUGAGCACCUACAGCAGCAAAGAACCCCAGCGAGGGAUGGGCUUCAUGCCCAAGAGAGGCCUGGAUGUCAGCAAAUGCGAGAUUGCCAGGUAUGGCUCACGGUCCAAGAGGUGGAGGGUGGCUUGAGAGGUGCGACGGGGCCCUUCCUAAGGCAGGUUUGUGGCUUCGGAAAGGAGAAAACCUCUGUUAUUCCCCUCCAUUGGCAAGCUCAGCUGGUGCGUGCCAAUCUGACACAAAUUGAAUUUGACGCAAAUCGCAUCACAGAAUUGAAAAGUUGGAAGGGACCCCCAAAGGUCAUCUGGCCUGACCCCCUGCAAUGCAGGAAUCACAGUUAAUGAGUCCCUGACGGAUGGCCAGCCAACCUCUGCUUCUAAAGAAAAUAAGGGAGUCCCUUCCGCUGUCAAAUGGCUCAUAACCAGUGAAUCACCCAGUGGGCCUCCCUGGAGAGCGUGUUUUGCCGAUGGAGGGGCCACCACCGAGAAGGCCAUUUACCCAAUGGCUACUAGCUCCAUCUAGGUUGGUGGGAUCUGAAUAAAAGCCCCAAAUAACCACGACCUCAGUGGAUGGGGCAGCCUAGUGUCCAGGGAGCUGAUGCUUCAGGUGUUGGUGGCGCAAUAAUCUAGCGCAGGUUAUAGGGUUGUGCCUGCCCCAUAACCCACAGAGGGGGAGCCACAGCCCAGGGCCCAGCUGCUGCUCUCCAAGCCUCUCUUCCUGGCUGUCAAAACUUUCCCGUGGCCGCAGCCCUUUUCCCUCACCGGCCCCACACCUGGGGGCGUUUUGCCUGGCUGGAAAUUCCCACCUGAAACGCUGACUCUUCGCUUGGCAUGAUGGAGGACGCAGAGGUGUGUGUGUGGGUCUGUGUGCAAAAUUUGUUGCUCCGCACACUUUUUCCUCCGGCCUCACCCCAGCCCCGGCAUGCGGCCCCCAGACUGAAAAACGGGUUCCCUGCCCUCACCUGACCUUGCGUCCCCCUUUUCCUCUCCCCCAUGAAACAGGUUUUUCAAGCUGCACGAACGCAAAUGUGAGCCCAUUGUUAUGACCGUUCCACGAAAGGUGAGCAAAUCGGAAGAUUUGGGGACCACGGGCAUGUCAAUUUGAACUUGGGGGGGGAAGGAAGAACCAUUAAUGGACACACACACACACACACACACACACACCGGCUGCAUCAAUUUCCCAAUACCGUGGUGCCCCGCAAGAUGAAUGCCUCGCAAGACGGAAAACUCGCUAGACGAAAGAGUUUUCCGUUUUGGAGGUGCCUCGCAAAACGAAUCUGCAAUGGGCUUGCUUCGCAAGACGAAAAUGUCUUGCGAGUUCCUGGGUUUUUUCCUUUUCCCCCUCUUUUCUAAGUCGCUAAGCCGCUUAUCUGCUUAUCCGAUAAGCUGAUAAGCUGCUAAAAGCCGCUAAAGCCGCUAAUAGCGCUAAUAGCGCUAAUCCGCUAAUCCGUCAAUGGGCUUGCUUCGCAAGACGAAAAAACCGCUAGACGAAGAGACUCCCAGAACGGAUUCUUUUCGUCUUGCGAGGCACCACUGUAUACCUGAGCUACAAGUCCCGUCAGACCAGAAACCAGGCUUGAUGGAAGUUGUAGUUUAGCAGCACCUGGCGGGCUAGAGGCUCCCGCGCCAUGCCUGCUCUAGAACCGUGGUUCCCAAAUGGGCAAUAGUGCCCCCUGGGGGCAGCGGGGUGUAUGUGCUGGAGGGGUAAAUGACUAUCAGACUUUGAAAAGCUGGAGAAAGUUCACUAAUCCUAUUUAAUUAAUUCAAUUUUGUUUUGAACAAAUGUGCAAUUAAUUGUUGCUGCUUUGAAUGUUAUUGCGUUAUUGUCUUCCUCAGUGGCUAUUCUAAAUAAUGCUGUUUGUAGGGUAGGGGACACGGGGGUGAAUUUAUGGAACUGGGGGGGGGGCGGCCCCCAAAAGCCAUUGUUCUAGAUGGACCAGAUCUUAGUCCAGAGGGCAUUAUGGAUAGCAAGGACAAAGCAGUCUGGAAUCUCUCCUGUUCCCUUCUCUCUCUCCUGGGCAGUCCGACCUCUUCCAAGAUGAUUUAUAUCCCGACACGCCGGGGCCUGAACCCGCACUCGAGGCAGACGAGUGGCUGUCGGGAAAGGACGCGGAGCCCAUCCUGGUUUCGUUGCGGGACGGCUAUGUCCCCGUCAAGAACCGGGAGCUCAAGGUCACCAAAAAGAACAUCCUGGACAGCAGGCCCCCCACGGGGCCACGGCGAAGCCAGUCCACUUGCGACACAAAUUUUUCGGUGAGUUUUUCUCAUCCGCUCAGGGGCGGGAGAGGGGGGGUAAACUGGACGGCUAUGAAAGCGCCUGGAAGGGUUCAAUCAAGUUGCGGCGCCACCUGGUGGCGGUUGGAGAAACAGCCGCAAAAUGCCCUUCAAGGCACUUUGACGCUGUUCAGUUUCCUACAAAGCAUUUCAGUGGGAGUUUCCAGGGGGCUGUGGAAUGGACCCGAAUGGCUACAUUGGUGGAGGAUCACAAAUGCUGUGGACUAGAAGCUUGCUUUUCCCCAUCCGGAGGAAUGAAGGGCUGAGACCUUUUCCAGGGAGCGUGGUGGGGUCCCCUAGGUCCUGCCACUCCUCUAACUCUUGCCUUUCUCUCUCUUUCUUUCUCUGUCCUUUCUCCCCACCUGCUCCCCCAAAGCGUUCUGCCUUGGAGGAGCUUCUGGAAGAGAUCCGGUCCUUGCGGCAAACUGUCCAAGCUCACGAGAAGCGCAUCUCUGACCUGGAAAACAAACUCUGCCAGUUCACCAACGGGACGGACUAGCAACUCCCCCCACCCCCCGAAAAAGCCACCCACCCACCAGCCUUGGCCAUGCCUGGGGACAUCCUCCGCCAGAGACCCGGAUUCUGCAUCUUUCCCCUUUCCCGGAGACUCCGCUGCUUAUUCUCCCAUGGCUCAGCAGACGUUUGCAGUGGGGAGCAGGGACAUUCUCCCCCCCGCCCGACCCCCGCCUACUGGAAAUGGCCCACCACCCUGACCUCCCCCCCUAGCUUGGACUUUGAUCUCAGCUGCUUUGGAACGACAGGCAAGACCUUUUUGGGGGAGGGGGCAGAGAGAAUGAAGGAGAGAGGGAUCAGAGUUCAUAUCUUGGCCCCCCACCCUGUCCCAAAACUGGGCCCGACACCCACCCUCUACCUCAUCCUGCCUUCUCCUUGCCACGGAACGGGACAACUGUGUUAUUUUUAUUGGGGGGGGUGUUCCAUGUGUGUUUUGGGAUGCAGUGAUCGGGGUGGGGUGGGGGGUCGAGAUUUGAGGUUGAAUGGAGACUGGGGGGUGAUGGGGGAUGAGGGAAGUGGGGGGCAGGCAUUGCUUUUGGGGGAGAAACAGACCCUGCAGGCGGGGGCAGACGUUGGCCAGAGGAGAGCGGAUCGGGUGGCCUCUGUGCUGAGCGAACGGGUGGGGUAUUAUGGGAUGGCUCGGAACAAAUAUCCGGGGCCCUGAUGAGUUGCCUCACAUCUUUGGUUUGGGGGGGGCAGGUUGUUCUCAGCAAUAUGUAGUUGGGUGGAGUGCCAGCUGUUUGAAAAGGGGGAGAAAAGAUCUGUAGGCCAUCCCUGAAUUGUGAGGACGUGCCAAUGAAUUUUGGGGAUCCCUGGAAUGGAGCGGGAGGGGGGGUGGGACAAGGCAGAAGGGCCAUUGCUCAUGCGCAAACGCUGAUUAAAAUAUACGUGCAGUUAAAAGGUG